CUAAAAGAGUAUAUUCUAACACAAUUUUAAUUGGAGGGGUUCACCUGGGGCUCCCAAAAGGGUUGGGGGCCCCCUACCUUAAUCUAAUGGUAAGUCCGCCCCUGUUCCGGGCCGGGCCCAACCAUGUAUGAGAUCAUUUCUGAGGGAAAUGGGGGCAGUGUGGCACCUGAUGCUCCUAAAAUCCGGUCCACUCAGUCUGCAUGAGAAUAAAAGCACAAAAUCGAAUCACAAUGGUUCGUAUUGACAUAAUCAUAGCAGACUGUUUGCACUUGGCUCUGCCCCUCCGCGCUGCGCUAUUCCCUCCAUCCACGCGUGCGUAAAGUUCCGGUUAAACUCGUUGCUAAUUAUCUCAUGCGCGAUCAUGGGUCAGAAGAGGGAGACGGUCCAGCCCUCCCGCUGCCGCACUCGCCUGCGCGGGCAAAUGUUGCCUAGUUUGCUGGUUGCGUGGAAACUGAAAGGCUGCAGCUCCGGGGCGCGCGAGCGUUUCUCCUGCGGCGCGUCGCGCGCAACUUGGACGGACGGCGAGGGGAUCUGAUCUGAUGGGAGCGAAGCAACUGCAGGGGAAAACAGACAAAUGAUGGAAGGGGGAGAGGAAAGCCGAGGGGGUUCUGCAUUAGCUGGAGAGAUUGAUGUGGACCUCAACCCUCAACUCAGGCGGUCCUACUGAAGAAUGCCCAUUUCCCACAAUGCCCCUGCCUACAGACUGGCUACUGCGCCACUCAGUGGUCAUGUGUUUGUUGCUGCACAGUUUGGUCCUGAUGACCUUCUGCUUCCAUCACGCCGCCACCACGUGCUCCAACCGGUGCUACUGCUCUGAGAGCGAGACCGGCGGCAAGACGGUGCGCUGCAGCAACCUUCAGCUCACAGAAAUCCCACUGGACAUCCCCAAUGACACACAACGCAUCUACUUGGACUUCAACCUUUUGACGUCUGUCCCAACUAAUGCUUUUGGAGGUUUAUCCCACUUAGUUGAGCUGGACAUAUCGCAUAACGAAUUAACCCAGCUAGAACCCGGCGCCUUCAGAGGCCUCGGCCCCUCCCUACAGUUCUUAGACCUGUCCUCAAACAAGUUAGUUAACUUUAACCCUGAGGCCUUCGACGGCCUUCGGGCGUAUGCCAACCUAACGAACAAUCCAUGGCACUGUGACUGCAACUUGCAGAUGGCUAUGCCCCGCGUGGACCUGGAGCCUGUGUCGCUCACAGGCAUUGUGUGCCAGACUUCUGAUCCAGAGGAAAUAGGCGUUGAAGGACAUUCCUUCCUGCUGAAACCAGACAUUGACUUAUGCGUGGUGAUGAAGAAGACGACAGACGUGGCCAUGCUGGUUGUCAUGUUUGGCUGGUUUACGAUGGUCAUCUCAUAUCUGGUUUACUACGUGAGGGCUAAUCAGGAGGACGCCCGCAGACACCUGGAGUAUCUAAAGUCUUUGCCCAGCCGGCAGGGCAGGUCAGAGGAGUCUUCCACCAUAAGCACUGUGGUUUAGCACUAAUAUAACCACACUUUACUGAAAUCGUAUCUCAUAAUGACGGUGCUUGCAAUGUGGCUUGUACUUACACGGUCCCCAUCGGUGUUCAAGAACCCAAGACGGAAACAACAACGGAAGCUCCAACAUUUGCAAACUUGUUCAGAUGAAUAAUUCAUCUUUCAGCAGACCAUUAAGACUUUUUUUCCUAAGUUGAUGGCCUUGUUUGUGCACUAAGCUGGUAAAAGCAGUGUUUCUGGUGAGUAUGGGACACAAAUGGGAUUUAUCCAGUGGUGCGUGCACUUUGAUGCAUCAACAGAGACGAGACACGGUCGUAUGAACGCCAGAGGAACGAGCUCCAUGUACGAAUGCCUUUUCUAUUAAUAAAAUACCUAUGAUAUGCACUCGGAUGAUUUAAGUAAAAUUACGUUUUGCAUGGAAA